AUGCAUUUGGCUGUGAACCCCUGGUUAGCCGCUGACCCCAGAUUCUUCAAAACGCUCACUGACCAGGUGAUCACGGUCGAGCUCAAGAAUGACCUGUGCAUCACCGGAACGUUGAAAUCUGUCGACCAGUUCCUCAACAUCCGGCUAGACGGCAUCCGCGUCGAGGACCCGGAAAAGUACCCUCACAUGCUCGCUGUCAAGAACGUGUUCAUCCGUGGAUCCGUCGUGCGCUACGUCCGCAUGCCGGCGCGUACCGUUGACACGACCCUGCUCGAGGACGCGACGAGACGCGGCCUCGGCCUGAUGCUGCGGCCGAGACUGUCUGCCCCUCCGCCCUUGCCGGCAGGUGCGCGCCGCUACCUCCGCCUCCGAACGCGGUCUCCGAAAGUCAUUCCGGCCCAAGUCCGUCAGAACUCGACGGUGCAGCCGCCAAACGUCCCCGCCGCCUCCUCGCUCUCUUCCACUAAGCCCGUCUCUGCCCCCUCCUCCGAUGUCUCCGCUACACCAGCUGCAGCUACCGCUGCACCCGCUGCACCCGCUGCUACGGCUGCCCCGGCCGACCCGCCCUCUUGGGUCGACCGCUUCCCGAAGAAGAUGCAGCCGUACAUGCGCCUCCUGCGUCUCGACAAGCCAAUCGGCACGAUCCUACUGUACUGGCCCGGCGCGUGGGCCAUCACGAUGGCGUCGACCAGUAUUGCCGCCCCGCCGACGACGCCGGUGUGGUACAUGCUUCUCUUUGGCGUUGGCGCGAUCAUCAUGCGCGGCGCGGGAUGUGUCGUGAAUGACAUGUGGGACGUGAAGAUGGACCGGAUGGUUGAACGCACAAAGUCCCGCCCCAUCGCCGCGGGCGACAUCACGCAAACGCAGGCGCUGGCCUUCCUCGCGUCCCAGAUGACGCUGGGCCUGGGCAUCCUGACCCAGCUGAACUGGUACUCGAUCGUGCUUGGCGCGUGCUCCGUCCCCCUCAUCAUCAUCUACCCGCUCAUGAAGCGGUACACGUACUACCCGCAAAUCGUGCUCGGACUGUGCUUCGACUGGGGCGCGCUGCUGGGCUGGUCGGCUGUCGCGGGCGUCGUGAACUGGAGCGUGGCCGCGCCGCUGUACAUUGGGAGCGUUAUGUGGUGUGUCGGCUACGACACCAUUUAUGCUCAUCAGGACAAGACGGACGACGUGCUCGCCGGCGUGAAGAGCACCGCGCUCGCGUGGGGCGACAAGACCAAGCCCAUCGUCGGCACCCUGUAUGCCGGCUUCAUCUCCUGCCUCGCCGUGGCCGGACACGCGAUGGGCGCCGGGCCGAUCUACUACGCCGUCUCGUGUCUCGGCACAGCGGCCCACCUCGCGUGGCAGGUCAUCACCGUCGACUUGGACAGCCGCGCAGACUGCUGGGCCAAGUUCAAGGCCAACGGCUUCGUGGCCGGCACGCUGGUCUGGCUCGGCAUCGCGGGCAACUAUGUCCAGCAGGUCGUCCUGCCCAUGCUGGGUAUGAAAAAGUUGGGCGAGUGGCCCGCCAAAAGCCAAUGUCUCAUUGUCUGGUCGUGGUGUCGUACGGGCGCGCUCAACCUUCAAGGGGAGCGCACUUCUCGAAGGAAGCGCAAUGUUACAGAGCGACUAGUGGUGACUUCCCGGCGUGCCGCCAAGGAACGUGGCGGCCUUCUCACGUUGCGUCGCAAAGUCGUCCUUGAAGAAGAGGAUGCCGCAAAUGAUGCCGGCGGCGAAGAAGCCGCAAGAGAUGAUGAGCCAGAAGAAGCCCCACAUGCGCGAACUGCCAAAGUGAACGACCUUGGCGAACUCGGUUGCGUCGGACCCGUUAACUUUGCGCUUCAACGUGUCGUCGAUGACGUCCCACUGAGUGGGCGAGCACGAAGCUAUACUUACGACACUGUAGAGACAGCUCAUGACGCCGAUGAACAAGACCAAGAAGCGGAGCGCGACGGAGCUGCCGACCAGCCAGCAGAGCACAAUCAGCCCCGCCGUGAAGAGGAUGGUGACCCAGGCAAUCAUCGACUUUCGCGCCCACACGAGCGUCAGCAUGAAGAAGACGGCGAGCACGAGGCAGGCGACGCGGGACGCGCGAGUAUCGAAGCCCUCCAGGGGGCUUUCCACGAUCACACCGAGCGACCUCAGUCUCGACACCUCCGCGACUCAGGUACUCACACAAGUGAUCAAAGCAGCGCCAAUGGCCGAGCUCCCCAAGUAUCCAGCCGGCAGCGUGAUGAGGGGUAUACCGCCCCGCAUGCGCGUCGCACCGCCCUCAUCCGGGUCGAGCUGGAUGCUCUCGAUCUUGGCACAGGUGAGCACGCCGGCGAUGGCGUGGCACAUCUCGUGCAUUCCUACGGUCUGCGGUCAGCGCCAAGCAACACGGGCGUAGAGAGGGUGGCGAGUGAGCUGGGGUUGGGGCUCAGUGGGAGGUAA